AUGUACGCGUAUUCGAUAAAGCAGGCGGCGGUUCUUUCGCGUAGCGGUCUCGUACUCGUCAACGUCUGUUUCACACAAGAAUCGAUCUCUUUGACUGAACUUUCGGAAUACGUGUACGAUUUGAAGCUCGCAAGGGAGUCCGUAGAGUACCAUACAGCUGGAGGAUUUCGACGCGACAAAGUUGUCUGGCACUGUGACGAGCAUCGAGGUCUGAUAUAUGUACUAUCUUUCGAGGAUUUUGUGGACAAAGAGUUUUCAGAUCACGCGUUAAAAAACUUCCAAGAAAAGUUUGCGAAGUAUUAUCGGCGUAAUUGUUGUACUUACGAUGAGUUCAGACGACAGCUCGAGGCUCACACCGAUUCUAUUUUGGGUCUACACGAGUUUGGGGGUCCUGCAGAGUAUGGUUGCGAUUUCAGUGUUUCGCAGGGAUCUGCAGAUUGCGAUUCACCCAUGCAACCCUCAAAAGUAAGCUUAGACUUCUCGAAGUCGCCCACACAAGGUGAAAGUGAUGGUCUUCUGAAACACCAAUCACUCAAGGAACCAUAUUGCGACAAAGUUCAACAGAACAUUAGUACAAGUGCCGGCGAAUUCGCUGGCUGGUGUCGCCGUUUAUUUAGUAUGGGGACAUUGACUAUUCAUGAAGAUUCAGUGCGAUCUAUUAUGUUCUCUUUUAAGAAAAAACUGAUGAAACGUAAUGUGACAAGCGAAGUUUCUGAUAUGCUGGUGGACGAAGUCUCACGAAAACUGAUAGGCAAAGAGAUAACAACAUUUGAAUCAGUGAUGACCAUCAUUCACCGAUCGCUCGAAGAAGCGGUAAUUCGAGUUCUCAGUUCGGCAAGAAAGGUGGACAUAUUGCACGACAUAAACCGUGUUGGGAAGAGUCGGCCAUAUGUAAUAACGUUUGUCGGUGUAAACGGUGUUGGUAAAAGUACCAGUCUCUCUAAGUUGGUGUACUGGCUUACACAGCAAAACUUUUCUGUUAUGGUGGCCGCAUGCGAUACGUUUCGAGCUGGCGCUGUCGAGCAACUUCGGACACACUGUCAUCGGCUUGGUUGCGCAUUAUAUGAACGGGGAUAUGAACGUGAUCCGUCGACUAUUGCACAACAAGCCAUUCAACAAGCGACACGGCAAAAUAUCGAUGUGGUGAUGAUAGAUACUGCUGGAAGGAUGCAAGACAACGAACCGCUGAUGCGAUCUUUGGCAAAGCUAUUGAACGUUAACAAACCAGAUUUUACCUUUUUUGUUGGUGAUGCGCUUGUCGGGAAUGACGGCGUGAGUCAGAUACUGCAGUUCGAACGACGUCUGCAGGAACUCACGGAAUUGAGCGGGGGUGUUAUUGACGGUAUCUUCCUGACGAAAUUCGAUACAAUUGACGAAAAAGUCGGAGCUGCUUUAUCACUGGUUCACGCUUCAGCCAUUCCUGUAUUGUUUGUAGGUACUGGACAAACAUAUGGGGAUCUUCGUAGAUUUCAGGCAGAGUAUAUCGCUGAAGCACUGCUCGCGAAUUGA